AUGUGUGUCCAUCUUGUCUUCAAUAUUCCCUUCAAUGUGUGUCCAUCUCGUCUUCCAUAUUUCUUUCACUGUCUACCCGUCUUGUCUUCAAUAUUUCCUUCGAUGUGUGUCCAUCUUGUCUUCAAUAUUCCCCUUCAAUGUGUGUCCAUCUCUGUCUUCCAUAUUUCUUUCACUGUCUACCCGUCUUGUCUUCAAUAUUUCCUUCGAUGUGUCCAUCUUGUCUUCAAUAUUCCCCUUCAAUGUGUGUCCAUCUCUGUCUUCCAUAUUUCUUUCACUGUUCACCCGUUCUUGUCUUCAAUAUUUCCUUCUGAUGUGUGUCCAUCUUGUCCAUUUUCAAUAUUCCCCUUCUUCAAUAUUCCUUCAAUGUGUGUCCAUCUCGUCUUCCAUAUUUCUUUCACUGUCUACCCGUCUUGUCUUUCAAUAUUUCCUUCGAUGUGUGUCCAUCUUGUCUUCAUUAUUCCUCUUCAAUGUGUCCAUCUUGUCUUCCAUAUUUUCUUUCACUGUCUACCGUCUUGUCUUCAAUAUUUCCUUCGAUGUGUGUCCAUCUUGUCUUCAAUAUUCCCUUCAAUGUGUCCAUCUUGUCUUCCAUAUUUCUUUUCACUGUCUGUCUUUGUCUUCAAUAUUUCCUUCGAUGUGUCCAUCUUGUCUUCACUAUUUCCUUCACUGUGUGUCCAUCUUUGUCUUCAAUAUUCCCGUCUUGUCUUCAAUGUGUCCAUCUUGUCUUCCAUAAUGUGUCCAUCUUUUUUCACUGUCUACCCGUCUUGUCUUCACUAUUUCCUUCGAUGUGUGUCCAUCUUGUCUUCAAUAUUCCCCUUCAAUGUGUCCAUCUCGUCUUCCAUAUUUCUUUCCUGUCUACCCCCGUCUUGUUUCAAUGUUUCCUUCGAUGUGUGUCCAUCUUGUCCAAUAUUCCUUCAAUGUGUCCAUCUCGUCUUCAUAUUUCUUUCUUCACUGUCUGCCGUCUUGUCUUCAAUAUUUCCUUCGAUGUGUGUCCAUCUUGUCUUCAAUAUUCCCUUCAAUGUGUGUCCAUCUCGUCUUCCAUAUUUCUUUCACUGUCUACCCGUCUUGUCUUCAAUAUUUCCUUCGAUGUGUGUCCAUCUUGUCUUCUGGCUAUUCCAUCUCGUCUUCCAUAUUUCUUUCUGUCUGCCGUCUUGUCCAUCCUUCGAUGUGUCCAUCUUGUCUUCAUAUUCCCUUCAAUGUGUCACUGUCUUCCAUAUUUCUUUCACUGUCUACCGUCUUGUCUUCAAUAUUUCCUUCGAUGUGUGUCCAUCUUGUCUUCAAUAUUCCCUUCACUGUGUGUCCAUCUCGUCUUCCAUAUUUCUUUCACUGUCUACCCUUGUCUUGUAUUUCCUUCGAUGUGUCCAUCUUGUCUUCAAUAUUCCCUUCAGUAUGUCCAUCUCGUCUUCCAUAUUUUCUUUCAAUCUAUUUGUCUUUAUUUCCUUCGAUGUGUCCAUCUUGUCUUCAAUCCUUCAAUGUCUUCCAUAUUCUUAA